AUGGAUUCUCUAAGCGCGGAGGUGGUGUGUUCAGUCAUAGAGGCUGCUAUGCAUUCCCUCCUGUGCGUUCGGAAGGUUUACCCCGAAGAAUCUUUUUCCCGCGUCCGCCGCUUCGGGCAGCUCGUCUGGCAGUCUAACUCGAAGGCUCUCACCGCGUACCUCAGGGAGGUGUGCAGCUCCCUCGUGGCACCCCUGCGUCGAGGCCUUCUAGGAGCUGUAUGUCUGAGACUGCAAGGGCCUCUUGGAAAUCCUCUGGAAGUCUACACUUUCUCCUUCCCUUCACAGCCAGGCGUUGACGGAAAAGUGCUGUCCGUCUGCGAAUCUUUUUCUGCACCAGCAGCCGCUGCAACUGCUGCUGCAGUGCCCAGUUACGACGCUGCAGAAAGCAUCCAAACAUUCCUCUCCAGGAUCGAGCUCAUCAGCUGUUGGCUGCCCCGUCCCCAGCAGCAGCAGCAGCAGCAGCAGCUCCUCUCUUUUACCGUCUGCGCGCAUGCCAUAGGAGAGGUUGCUUACCUAGCGGAAGCACAGGCACACGUGGCUGGGCGUGCAUGCGGCCCUUCGAUGGUUGCUGAAGAGCUUGCCUGCGCAGAGAGCCUACGUACUGCUCAAAACUUCUUGUGUCAGUGGAGGAGGCCUUUCGAGCAGCGGAAAAACUGCUGCGGUAAGGCCAGCGCCUCCUUCUGCUGA